AUUUUGUUUCAAUUGAUAUUUGUAGGGUCUUGUGGCUUCUUUCACUUAUGUAUUUUAAGUCAAUAAUCCUCGUCAACAUAUUCCAUCCACAUGAUCCGUUUCAAUAUCCACACACCACACCACAACCAAGCAAACUCUUUAGCUUUCUCCCACCAUCCAUAUUCACUAUCACAUGUAUGCAUAGAUAGAUAUACAUAGGUAACUAGCUUACUUCCUAGUUCUAACAGUUUUGACUUUUGAGUUACAAAAAUGUUGAAAUUUCCACUUUGUUGCAGUGAGUUAUCUUUAGAACCCAAGGUUCUAGCUUUUGAAAGACAGCUUGUUUCGGGGCGACGCGAUUCCAUCAAAGUUUCUGCGGGAAAAAUCGGAAAUUUCUCUCUUGGUUCGAUAUUCAAAAGUUGCGAGACUUGUGGAGCCAAAGGAGCAAUUGAAUGUCCCGGUUGCAAGGGAACAGGUAAAAAUAAGAAGAACGGAAAUAUGUUUGAGAGGUGGAAAUGUUUUGAUUGUCAAGGAUUUGGUAUGAAGAGUUGUCCUAACUGUGGCAAGGGAGGCUUGACGCCUGAACAGAGAGGGGAACGAUAGAGUUAUACUACUAUUUGUUUCUCUUACAUAAGUUAAACUUGUGAUAUAAACAUGUCUCUCUUACAUAAGUUAAACUUGUUAUAUAAACAUGUCAUAAAAUAUCUUUUCCAUAGAAUGUGAAUUGCAUUUAGGCUA